UCGUGCUACGCAGCAAAUACGAAACGUUUGACAUGAAAGGAAAACGAAAUCGUCAUUUUCCAGAAGCGAUCGUUUAUUUUACAGCACUGUCGUGCGUGCUUAUUUCGUUAUUAUUAUUGGAACCGUAAUCUAACAGAUUUUCAUGACACUUCUUUGUUCGUAAGCUUUUUGGAUAAACCUGAGUCUCUUACAUGGUGGAGGUUGGAGUGUGACUACAGACAACAUGAAGCUACGGGUCCGGAUCAACAAGCAGACCAGCAGGGUGGACUUACCUGGAGAAGAACCCACUCUCACAGAACUCUCAGAUGUCAUCAAGCAGACACUGCUGACUUCUACUGGACUUGGUCUGAACACAGAAUUCAGCUUGUCUCUGAAUGGCUCUGAGCUUCUGUUGGACUCUGGUCAGACCCUGUCUUCCUUUGGGAUCGUUUCUGGAGAUCUGAUCUGUGUGCUGCUCCGGCAGCCUCCAGCGGUCGCCGUGACCUCAUGGGAAACCAGCUCCACAGCCCCAAUAACUGACGAUCAGCAGACCGCCACUCAGAGACCUCUGGGUCCCCCACUGCUAACGGAACCCCUUCAUACCUCAGAUGAACUGGACUCUGGACCAGCCUGGGAGCCCAUGCUGUGCAGCGAGGCAGAAGAGGGUCAGUCUCCUCUCUCUCUGGAGCUUCUAUACCACUCAGCCCGGGUUUGGAGUCCAAACGAUGCUGUCAUCGUAGCUGCACAUCUCCUCAUGCUGGAGACUGGAUUCACUCCUCAGGGCAAUGAGCUGACAGCGGAGGAGAUGCCUGCUGGAUGGAGAUCAGUGGCUGAAGUCCACAAGCUUGAAUACGUCCAUCCUCUGUGUGGGACCAGCCAGGUUUCUGUAGUGGCUGUGAGCAUGGGCCCGUUGCUCAUCAUCAAUGCGGCUCUGACAGAAGCAGGAACCAUCUACUCCGUUCACAAACUGCAGCUGAACGCAUCCAGCUAUGUGACUGACGAGUGGCCAGGAGAAAGUGCUGCUGCAGCCUUCAAAAACCUGAAGAAACUUUCCAGAGUGUACAAAGACCAGCUGGUGUACCCGCUGAUUGCUGCUGCCAGAGAAGCAAUGGCGCUUCCAGUGGCAUUUGGUCUUUUGGCUCUUCCUCCAGAGCUCCUCCUGCGAGUCCUCCGCCUGCUGGAUGUUCACUCUGUAGUCAGACUGUCUGCUGUCAGCCGACAUUUCAAUGCCUCUGCUGCAGACUCAACGCUCUGGAGACAUCUGUACCGCCGAGACUUUUCAGUUCACCACAGAUCUCGGGAUGUAGACUGGAGAGAGCUUUACAAAAAGUCAUAUAAAAUCCGCUCGGAACGCAGACGUGCUCUUCGUUGCUGCCCGCCAUCAUUCCCUUCCACACCUGUGCCCCGGCCACUCUUGCCUCAAGUUCCAGGGAUCAUUGGGGGAGAGUAUGACCAGAGACCAACCCUCCCCCAUGACCUCCUACCCUACCCUCCCAGCAUCCCCAUCAUCCCUAUUGCAGAUCCUGCUGGACGACUUGGUUUAGGUCUCCACAGACCAACAGGAGGACAAAUGGCUAACAUCCGCAGAGGUUUAAUCUGAGAAUUAAUCUUGUUACUGAUCAAUAAAGUAAAGGAAGGUGAUGUGUUGAUGGCUCAUUGUCCUUCUGAGAUUUCAGAGGGGCCAACAAAGAACUUAUAACUGGUAAAAGCUUUUGGGACAGAAGAAACUCAGAUUUAGCUGCUGAACAUUUAAAUAAAAUUGGGAAUUAACAAGAAAAAAAUGCAUCAUAUACAGAAAAGGUUGUAAAUAAAAUCUAAGUAUAGCUACUUGUCACCCUUAAGGUUUUCUGCUUUACCUAAGUCUCCCUACAGCCCUGGUGUCAUAAUACAAACAUAAAACUGAAGGUGAAUAACCAGACAAAUACUGUUUAACUGUCAGUCUGGUUUAGAGUUACCCUAGCCCUUAAACUCUUAAACUCUUAACUUCCCACCCAACUCCCACAGUUUGGAAACCGUGCUUUGAUCUGAAUCCUCCACACACACACACACACACACACACACACACACACACACAACUCACUUCAUACACAAUAUUAACCACAGUCUGUAACACAAACCCACUCUACACCCAUACUGUUUUCUCUCUUUGCACUAGCAAAGUUGGAGUGUUUUGUUUUGUAAGCAUUAAAAAAAAUUUAAAUAAAUGAAUGGGAUUUUUAUUUGAGUCAACAAAA